GAGGUGUAAGUGCCUGGCAGAGAGUUACUUCGCAGACUAGAGAGGCAGCACAGCAGAGUCACUCGCCGCAAGUUACCAGGGAGGAGAACGAGAAAGGCAGAGCGGCAGGAUGGCGGUGGAAGGGGGAAUGAAAUGUGUCAAGUUCCUUAUGUUCUUCUUCAACUUCGUGUUCUGGGUGUGUGGCAUUGCUCUCAUUGCGAUCGGGAUAUACGUGCAAAUCCAGCUUAACCACACUCUUAUCAUGAAGAAUGCCACCUCCUCUGGAGCUCCCAUAGUCAUCAUCGUAGUGGGUGUUGUCAUCUUUUUAAUUGCCUUCUUUGGCUGCUGUGGAGCACUAAAAGAGAACUACUGCAUGGUGACAACGUUUGCCGUUGUGCUGGUGCUGAUCUUCCUGGUUGAGAUUGCUGCUGCUAUUGCUGCCUAUGUUUACAAGGACAAGCUGCGCACUGCAUUUGAGGACUCCUUUAAAAAUGGUAUGGUCCAUUAUAAUGACACCAAGGAUAUAGCGGAUAGCAUUGACCUCUUGCAGAAAGAAUUUCAGUGCUGUGGUGCCAUCAACUCAACUGAUUGGAGACAAUAUGCUCCCUUCACUGGUACAAACACUGUGCCUGAUUCCUGCUGUAAGAACAUCACUGCAGGCUGUGGAAAAGGUCCAAUUGCCAAUAUAAAUAGUGAGGGCUGCGCAACCGGAAUAGACCAGUGGGUGAAGAAAAAUGUAGGAAUUGUUGCUGGAGUGGCCCUGGGAAUUGCUUUGUUUGAGAUCUUGGGGAUCGUCUUUGCCUGCUGUUUAAUGAAGGGAAUCCGAAGUGGAUACGAAGUCAUGUGAUCGCUCCACAGUGGAUAAUGCCGUGAUGUCACUUGUCUUGCAUUAGCAAGUUGGGAAGUGGUAUGCACCAUCUCACAGCAAUUUGGCAAUAAAUGGCACAUACCACUUCCCACCUUAACGUGGGGAAUAAUGACAUGCUCUUUGUACUUAAUAUAAAUACUUUGAUAUCACCAGUUCAUUGUUUUUAUUUUUUAUAAAUAUCUCGUUAAAUGUGUUGAGCAGAAGCUGUAGUAUUUCUUAUCUUUGGACUGCAUUAUGGUUUUUCUGACUCUGCACUUGCAUUCACACAUUUAAUGCCUAUAUUAGCAUUUUAUACCCCUUUAACUUCAUUGAAAAUUUAACAGACCUGUGAUUUGCCGUGAUAGGAAACACAAUAAUUAAAAGGAAUUCAAAAUAAUAUAAUCUACACCACAAGGAUUUAUUCUCCUACCUUAUUAGACUAUAACUAGGUCAUACUGAACACUUGCCAGUUUACCUUGGUCACAUAGUAACCAAUCAUAAGCUUCCACUAAUUCAGUAGAACAGUGCUUGAAAAAAUAUCAUUGGUUGCUGUGGUUGCUAAGGGCAAAUUUUGCAUGUGUUGUGUAAAUGGGUGGAUUUCUGGAAUGCUUGGGGUUCACACACUGACCUUGUAGGAAAUCUAUAUUUAUUUUAGUCAAUGCUAUGUCAGAAGCCCUGUGCAUUGAUUGCAGAUAUGAUUAGCACUAUUGUGUGCCUACUUGCUUUGAAGCCUCCUUUAACCCAAUCAGCCUUUUUCUUCUCUGAGACUUAACUUGAUCUGUGUACAAGACAAAUUUGGGAUGGGAGUUUAAGAUGGGAUGAUGAUGAUCCUUUUGUGCCUUACUGCAAUGCUGGCUUUUUGUAUUGAUGUUUUAUUGCUUAAACAAAAUAUGUAGUGUGUUAAUGGUCCAUGUAUGAUUUUAUGUAAAUUGUGCCAUACGUGUGAUGCCAGGGGUUUGAUGCUUCUCUGGGCAACCAUUUUCUCUGUGGUGUAUUUUGUCCUCAUAUUUGACUUGUUUUCCAGUCAGGAAUUUGGAAAAGUUGACAUUUUUGUAGAGCAAAAAAAAAAAAA